AUGUUUGUCCGGGGAUGCUGCUGCGGGGUGCUCGUGGCUUUCCCGGUCUGCAGAGGUGGAGCCUCUGGAUGGGAUGAACAGCGGUUCGUGUUAGAUUCGGAUGCGGUUCAGGCUUCGAAGGCGGACGAGUACGUCAAAGCUGUCACACAGCAGGUCCUCCAAGAAGGAGUCCUGGAUCAACGAUCAGGCGGGGGAGAAAAAGAGGCCCUCGAGGCGUCAAAGCGAAAGGCUCGAAGUGGAGUCGAAAGCAAGAAGCACGACUCGCAAGGAAAGAAAGGCGAAUAUUGCGUCGCAACGGGCGAGGAAAGGAAGCCGUCGGCUCGAUAA